GAAACCAUGAGUGCCCAGAGUGUGGCCAAAGACUCCCUGGGAAGGGUGGCCUCUACAAUUACACCCACACACUCUGAUGGAAAAAAUAUUGAAUGCCAAGAGUGUGGCAAAAAGUUCAGAACUAAAAGUCACCUCAACACACACACCCUUGCACACACUGGGGAAAGACCUCAUGAAUGCCAAGAGUGUGGCAAAAAGUUCAGAACAAAACAGGAACUCAACAGACACACCCUUACACACACUGGUGAAAGACCUCAUGAAUGCCAAGAGUGUGGCAAAAAGUUCCAUCAGAAGAGUACCCUCAACGCACACACCCUUAUACACACUGGUGAAAGACCUCAUGAAUGCCAAGAGUGUGGCAAAAAGUUCAAUAGGAAGGGUAACCUCAACAAACACACCCUUACACACACUGGUGAAAGACCGCAUGAAUGCCUCGAGUGUGGCAAAAAGUUCAGUAUAAAACAGGAACUCAACACACACACCCUUACACACACUGGUGAAAGACCACAUGAAUGCCCAGAGUGUGGCAAAAAGUUCUAUCACAAGAGUACCCUCAACACACACACCCUUAUACACACUGGUGAAAGACCUCAUGAGUGCCAAGAGUGUGGCAAAAAGUUCCUUAGAAAAAGAGACCUCAACACACACACCCUUACGCACACUGGUGAAAGACCUCAUGAAUGCCUCGAGUGUGGGAAAAAGUUUAAGUCGAAAAAGGGCCUGAAAAUACACACCCUUAAACACACGGGUGAAAGCCCUCAUGAAUGCCAAGAAUGUGGGAAAAAGUACAGUACCAAACAGGAACUCAACACACAUACCCUUACACACACUGGUGAAAGACCUCAUGAAUGCCUCGAGUGUGGGAAGAAGUUAAAGUCAAAAAACGGCCUCAAAAUACACACCCUUAAACACACGGGUGAAAGCCCUCAUGAAUGCCUGGAGUGUGGGAAAAGAUUUAGUGCUAAGGCUACCCUCAACACACACACCCUUACACACACUGGUGAAAGACCUCAUGAAUGCCUCGAGUGUGGGAAAAGGUUUAGUGCUAAGGCUACCCUCAACACACACGCCCUUACACACACCGGGGAAAAAAAUCAUCAAUGUGUAAUUUGUGGGAGUAAAUUCUUGAUAUCACGUUCCCUCAAGACACACAUGCGAACGCACACUGGUGAAAAGAAUCAUCAGUGUGAAAUUUGUGGGAAAAGAUACACCACGAAGGGGAACCUCGAAGCCCACAUCCUGACGCACACUGGUGAACGUAGGCAUCAGUGUGAAGUGUGUGGGAUAGGAUUUGCUCACAGUUCUACCCUUAAGAGGCACGCUGUUACACACACUGGUGAAAGGAAUCAUGAGUGUGACAUAUGUGGCUCGCUAUUCACCCUGAAGAGUAACCUAACAGCACACAUGCAUAAACACAACAGUGAGAAGCAUGAAUGUGGAGUUUGUGGGAAAGUGUUCAUUGUGAAGUCGUCCCUUAAGAAACACACCCUUACACACACUGGUGAAAGACCUCAUGAGUGCCUGGAGUGUGGCAAAAGAUUCACUAGCAAGACUUAUUUGAACCAGCACAUGUUAAUACACUCUGUCCUGAGAGAGUUCAAGUGUGAUGUUUGUGGGAAACUUUUCAAGCUGAAGAGGGAGAUUCUCAAACACAUGAAGACCCACUUCCCCUGAGGUGUUGUGGUGGAGGUGGAGAGCAGGGUCUAACACACAGAGAGAGAGAGAAAAUAAACGUUAACUAAGGCCUUCUACUGUGAUUAUGAACUGUGCUUCUGUGCUGACACCCUGCCUGGUCAAACUCUUCCAUUUGCUUUUCAACCUCUGCCAGAUCUUCCUGCUUGAAGUCUGCCUACAUAUAGCUAGUACUAAGGAGGGGUGACCAUUCUGAUCCCUUCAACUACCAACCUAUUGCUUGUCUGUCUUGUCUUUCGAAAUCUGAAACAAUUUUUAACCCGUCCGCUGUGAUUGGCACUAGUAACAUACAGUCCCAGGUCUUUCUCUGCCUCUGUGGUGGAUAGUGGAGUGUUUCCCAUGAGGUAUUUGUGUGCUGGAUAUCCCUUCACUGGUAACAUACACUCCCAGGUCUUUCUCUGCCUCUGUGGUGGAUAGUGGAGUGUUUCCCAUGCGGUAUUUGUGUGCUGGAUAUCCCUUCACUGGUAACAUACACUCCCAGGUCUUUCUCUGCCUCUGUGGUGGAUAGUGGAGCGUUUCCCAUGCGGUAUUUGUGUGCUGGAUAUCCCUUCACUGGUAACAUACACUCCCAGGUCUUUCUCUGCCUCUGUGGUGGAUAGUGGAGUGUUUCCCAUGUGGUAUUGGUGUGCUGGAUUUCCCCUCCCAAGGUGCAGGACUUUACAUCUUUCUCCAUUGAAUUGUAGCAGCCACUUUUUGUUCCACUCCUGUAGCUUGGUGAGGUCUUCUGCUGGGAAAUCCACAUUCAAAGGAUUAAUAGGAAAGUUCUGUCAAUUUCUUUCAACUUCUGUUCAUUUUCUGAUCACCACGCACUCCCAUAUCAAGUAAUGUUUUGUUAUAAUUUUUGUCAGCAUUUUCCUCCUUGCACAUACAGAAUCCACAAGUACUGUUGGUAUUUGUUGCCCGCCAGUAUGAUGUAUAUAAUUAGUGUUAGCAUUAAAUAUAUGAGUAUAAAAAC